AUGCUCUCUCGUUACAAUCGUGGUUUUAACGAUUUCUUUGAUGAUCCUUUCUUCAGUACUUCCCUCAUGCGUCCAUGGACUGGAGUAGGUGGUGAUAUAAUGGGAACCCAAAUGAGUACCUUCAAUCCAGCCACUGAUGUCUCUGAAACCGAUCGUGCCAUUUGUUUAAGAUCCAAUCUACCAGGGUUGAGAAAGGAAGAUAUUAGAAUUGAUGUUGAUGAUCAGAACAGAACUCUAACCUUCUCUGGUGAAACUCAUUCUGAAAAGACCGAUGAGAAUGAAGUGUAUCAUAGAACUGAGAGAUCCUAUGGUAAAUUCUCAAGAACCUUCCGUCUUCCACAAAACGUUGAUUUGGAUAAUAUUAAGGCAAAUAUGGAUCAUGGAGUAUUGAAGAUUAACAUUCCAAAAUUGGAGCAACAACAAAAACAAACACGUUCCAUUGGAGUUGAGUAA